AACUACAUUCAGAUCGAGGAUUAUGAAUGGUACAAGGUGGAGCAGUCUGGGAUUCAGAAAGGAAAACAGAAAGAAUGCCAUGCUCUGGCUAAGAGCUAUAAAGGCCAAUGGUCAGAACUUCUCAAGGGUUCCUCAUUCUGGACAAAAUCUGAAAAGGACAAUGGGUGCAUCCCUGUGGAAAGCAUGGGACCUUACACCACCUGGGACCUUACACUACCUCGUGGACAUCGUCAGGCCCUGUCGGUAUUUUCUCUAACAUUCGAUUGGAAGCAGCCUCAUUUGUUAGGCCUGCAUAUAGGCCUCCCUGGUGUUUUUAUCAUGGAUAUUGAUGAGCUAGUGGCGAAAGACUGUGACGGUGAAAAGCCGAGGCGUGGGAAAGCUAAGAAAGUGCCAAGAGGAUUUGACUUCUCAAAACAUGGAAAGCGUCAUGUUGCAUUCUGGAUCAAGUAUCUUGGUUGGGAUUUCCAAGGCUUUGUUGUACAAGAUGACACUGAACAGACAAUCGAAGCAGCACUCUUUCAGGCGUUUGCCAAAACGAAGCUUGUCGAGAGCAGGCAGACUUCGAAUUAUCACAGGUGUGGACGCACCGACAAAGGAGUCUCUGCCUUUACUCAGGUGAUAUCUCUGGAUGUGAGGAGUAAUGCUAAGGAUGGUGUGGGUGUUAUAACCCCAAAUCCAUCAAUGUCAAGUGGAUCAGAAGAACUGAACUACAGUUACAUGCUAAACCGAGUGCUUCCUCAUGAGAUACGUGUCAUAGCAUGGGCUCCAGUUGAAUCCAGUUUUUCUGCACGGUUCAACUGCGUGCAGAGGACCUACAAAUACUUCAUACCUCGAGGGAAUCUUAAUAUUGAAGAAGCUGCCCUAUCCUUGAUCGGAGAGCAUGAUUUCCGGAACUUGUGCAAAAUGGAUGUGAACAAUGGAGUCUUGACCUACACAAGGAAGAUCUCUUCUGUCACACUGGAUCUAACAAAGGGGACAGAAGACUCAGACCAACAAAGUCCCUAUGAUCUCUUCGUCCUGACCAUUGAAGGCCAGGGUUUCUUAUGGCACCAAAUUCGGUGCAUUGUGGCCAUCCUGCUUCUCAUUGGAGAGGGGAAGGAGGACUCAUCUGUGAUACAAGAGCUCUUGGACAUCUCCAAAAACCCAUGGUUAAAGCUUUUUCUUUUCAGCAAGCCAGUGUAUGCAAUGGCACAUGAGCUCUCACUCUGUCUCUUUGAUGCUCAGUUUGAUGGUUUGGAGUGGCAAUUUGAUGAGCUAGCUCUCAAAACUGUGAUUCUAGAACUCCAAGAAGCUUGGGCUAGGCAUGCCAUCAAAGCCGAGAUGAUCAGGAGCAUGUUGGGUCAUUUGGAGCCCCAAUUGCCCAAGUCUGCGAAAGGCCAGGCAUUGUGGCUGCAGACCGGCGUGUUGCCACGAAACUACACCCCGCUUCUUCAGAGACAGAAAUGUGAGAGCCUGGAGACUCGCAUUGCCUGUGUGAACGAGAGGAAGAAACGAAAGCUCCAGGAAAAUGAGUGUCUUCAGACUACACCCUGUGAAAACAGUAUGCGCCGACGUGAUGAGUUGCGCAACAGCCCACACUCACAGCGAGCUUGCCUCAGCCCUGCUCGAAGACCACAACCCACGUUGACCAAGCGAGGGACCAUGGGACCAGGAUGCUGGAUCCGGUCCCUUGGGUCUCCUCGCCACGUCGACUUGUCGUUUGCUCAAGACACGAGACUUUUCGAGUGCCACCUCGACAUCGUGAUGACUCACCCGAAGCCUACCCGCAAGUUCCUGACAAAGCUUCAGAAAUUGGGCGUCUUCACGGAGGAAGAGCGGCUAGCCGACGUCGAAAUCGGUUGGUGGAAUGGCAAUGCCAGGAUAGGAGGUUUCCUGGACUGGUUCUCCACUCAUGUCAAGCCCGACCAUAUUGUUCCACCAGAUGUUGCCAGAGAGUUUGAGCUGUUGCAGGAGGAAGGGAAUGUAUUGGAGAAGGAAGAGCUUGAGAUUGCACUACAAGAGUAUGAGGAUCUUGACGAGGAUGAAGAAGAUGAUUCUGCAAAGCUGGAGCUCAUUCGUAACAGCCUGAUGGAGCAAAUUACUAGCUUGAAUGCAUCACAGAAGAAACUGAUGCAUCAACGCCAAAUCCUCAUCCAAGAAGAAGAAGCCUUGAGGCUGAAGCGGGAAGUGCUCUUGAGAAGAAAGUCUGAACGAGAGAAGGAGGACGACAAGAAGAAACGAGAUGUACGUUGGGUUUCAGAGCUCAUAGAGAGGGAAAUCAAAGACAGCUGCCGAAUCCUUGGUGAAACAAAGGCACUUGUCUCAUCCUUUGGCCAACAUGAUUCCAGGAGGAAAUCCUUCAAAGUUUCGGGGAUCUUCAGUGCACACCUUGCUUCAUAUGAAGAGAAGGAGAAACGACUCCUUGUCUCCCUAAACACUUACGCUGCACAGAAUAGAUUCAGCAUGUUGUCAACUUAUGAAGAGAAGGGAAAAGUGCCAGACAUUGCUAUGCUGACUCUCAAUAGUGAGGCAAGUACCUCCACUUCCUUCAAGGAAGGAGAUCGCCUAAAGCAGUUCAACUUCAUUAGGACUGCAUGGUUGUGCAACAAAAGGAAGGAAAUAAAGCUUUUUGCUGAAAGAGGAGCUGCAUUGAUGCAGCUCUCAGUGGCUCGCCAGCUCCUGCAGCAGGUCCAGCUAGGAGCAUUGCCAUCUGACCCUCAGAUCCUACAGGAGCAGAUUUCAUGCUUCAAGAAAGAACUGCUAAACAUUGAGGUGGCCAAUGCGGAUCUGUGGGAAAAGGCUGAGGCACUCCUGAGGGAAUGUGAGAAUGUAUACCCCAUGUCUGUGAUAUGUGGAGACUAUUUAUCGGAGGAGCAGAAGGGAAGGAGGCAGUUGGAGGUGCUGCUCCCCCUGCGAGCCCUGCUUCUGGCAGCCUGUGCACGGCACCUCUGGCUCUGCCUCCUCCUCAAAGGGGAGUAUUUUGCCCUCCAGGAUCUUCAUGAGAAAGUCAGCAGUACAUUGGAGCAUUUUGAAGCUCUCUCCAAGAUUGUGGAUUACAAAAAGGAAAGCUCUGGCAGGCAGAGAGCCUCAAAGUCGGUGGACGAAGACCCGUUGUUAUACGCACUCAACAGGAUCUUGUCCGAACUGGAUGGGUCGACCUUGGGGGCUUCCUUGCCACGUGUCCUUUGUGGCAUCCAGGAGCUAAGAGCCUCCCUGGAACGAAUCCAGGAUGAGAAUCGUGGGAGCAUCUCUCGCCUCUUUUUGCACCUCCAGGCCAGAUGUAAGGAAGGCAGGCAGGCAGAGCGGGCAUGGAAGGAGACACAGAAGGUGCCCAAUCGACCUCGGUCCGCCUCCUCUUCGGCCGACGAAGCGACUGCCGUGCUGGCCGAAGCCUUGAAGAAGGUGGAGCUGCUGGAGGCAAAACAAGUUGCAGUCGAAGCUGCUGAGAGGAGAUCAGAAGGAGUCUGGGAAGAGUUGAACCGGAAGAUCUGGAUCUGGUUUCACUCUGACCCGGAGAGAUUGAAGCAGGAGCUGGAGUUCCUUGAGAAGCAACUGAGGCUGGAGGAGCAACUGUGGUCAAAGUAAAUCUCAUUCCUGUAUCAGCUGAUGAUCAUAUGUUAUUUCCCAGUGCCUCAGACUUCCUGAAUCGUGUCGUGCUCGUUAAAUGUUCCCGCUUCAUUGAUAUUCCUUGUGGAAUUUUUGUCCAUUUUCUAAUUCUAACAGCUAUGAUUGAAAAUGUGUGGGAUGCUGCAAUCUCUGGUUUACAUUAUGUUCUAUAUUCUUCCUGUGUUGGAUUUUCUGGAUGAUUUUCCUUCGAAUAUUUCCUCUCCUGCCACGCUUCCCACCUGCGUUGAAUG